AUGAAAGCUGUUGUCAUCACAUCUCCCAAGAAGGCAGGCGUAGUCACCGACCGCCCUCUGCCAAAGCUCCGCGACGACUACAUUCUCGUCAAGACCGUAGCUGUUGCCUUGAACCCGACCGAUUGGAAGCACGUUGCCUAUGUUUCUCCACCCAACUCACUGAUCGGCUGCGACUACGCUGGCGUGGUCGAAGAGGUCGGCAAGGACGUCAAGACGCCAUUUAAGAAGGGUGACCGUAUCUGCGGCUUUGCCCACGGUGGAAACGUCAACCAACAGGAAGACGGUGCUUUUGCCGAGUACAUUGUCGUAAAGGGAGAUCUCCAGAUCCACAUCCCGGACAAUCUGAGCUUCCAGCAAGCUGCCACCCUCGGUGUCGGUAUCACAACCGUCGGCCAAUCACUAUACCAAAGCCUGAAGCUCGCCCUACCCACCGAGCCACUGAAGACCCCUGAGCCCCUCCUCAUCUAUGGCGGAUCGACCGCGACCGGAACCCUGGCUAUUCAGUUCGCCAAGCUGUCUGGCUACAAGGUCCUGACCACCUGUUCGCCCCGAAACUUUGAUCUCGUUAAGAGCCUCGGUGCCGAUGAGGUCUACGAUUACAAGGACCCCAAAUCGGCCGCCGCUAUUCGUGCGUCCACUGAUGACAAGCUCAAGCUUGUGCUCGAUACCAUCUCGCUCGAUAGCAGUGCGGAGUUCUGUGAUAAUGCGAUCUCCACCACCGGUGGUGAGUACACUGCUCUGCUGCAAGCUGGACCUAAGCGUGAGAAUGUGAGCUGCAAGAUGACUUUGGGAUACACUGCGGUUGGUGAAGCUUUUGACAAGUUUGGCCAGCACUGGCCGGCUAAGCCUGAGAACUUUGAGUUCGCUUCGAAGUUCUGGAAGAUGGCCGCGACACUUCUGGCUGAAGGCAAGGUCAAGGUGCACACCCCUAAGGUGAACCCUGGUGGUCUGAGAGGAGUUCUCGAGGGACUGGAGCUCCUGAAGAACGACAAGGUUAGCGGCGAGAAGCUGGUUUACAAUGUUGCGGAGACAAAUUAG